CAUUGAUUUAUCCCCCUGUCUGCAUGGCUACAAGUCAAGCUCAACUUUAUUGUUCAAAAAGGAAAUUAAAUUUGGUAGAGCAUGCAAAAACUACAUAAAGGAACAAAAACACACACACGCACACAAAAAACAAAAUGCACACAGAUAGUAAUACAACAGAUGUAAUUCAUAAAAGCCUACAUAUCUAGGACAGUUUCUAACUUUUAUUGCUGCCAGUGACGACUGAGACAAUUGGUCUCAUGAAAUCCAGUCAUAUAACCUAAACAUCAUCCACUUGGCAAUUUCUUUAUGAAGUAUUUGAUGCAAUUGCAUCCGUUCAUCCUCAGUCCUGAACAAAGGCUUGUUCUUAUGCCUUUGGGAAGUCUUUGUGGUUCAGACUUGUAGGCUCUCGAGGAAACUAAACUUUGAGCUUCUUGUUCUCAGGACCACACCACUCUUUGUAGCCUGUUGCUCAUUUCCUAGAAACUGCAUAUUCUUAAUGUUUCUGUGAACCCUUUCUUAAGAGUGUCUGCUUUAAUUGUCAUCAAACGUUCAUUGAGGUUGCACUGUAAUGAAGUGGUCGUGCAGAAUAGGUUACAUUACAGUUUGGAACAAAAAACUAUGAGCAGUGACGGAAACUAAAUAUAUUUACUCAUGUAAUGUACUUUAGAACAAUUCUGAGGCACUUGUACUUCAUUUGAGUAUGUAUUCUGCUAUUUCACUCCACUACAAUACACAGAUAAAUACUCUUAAUACUUUUUAGUAUAUAAUAUUUAUUUGAUAACUUUAGUUACUAGUUAUUUUGCAGAUUAAGAUGAAUCGUACAAAUAUAAUCAAUACCUAAAUUCUGUUGUAAUGUUAUAGGUUAAUAUAAGAGUUCAUUGAUCCCAGGGAAAAUUCACAUGCGACCAAGUAUUGUGUAUAUCAUAUAAUUGAAAAUUAGUCAAAACUUAACAAGCUGCAACAUUACAGUGAUGUACAAAUUAAAACAACAGCAAUUAGCAUCUAAUUCUGAAAUGGGUUAUUCUGCUUAGUGACGACUUUUUUUUACUUUUUUAUUUUGAUGCUAAUACUUUUGUACUUUUCAGGGCCUAAACAUGUAACAGAGUAUUUGUACACUGUGGUAUUGCUACUUUUGUAGCAAAUAAACAAGUCAUAUAAUUCCUAUAAUUGUUCUUUUCUCACCUCACAUGCACAGCAAAGGGUGUCAGCUGAGACUCGGGUGAAAAGUCUGAAGAAGCUUGGACCAGGCCAGAAACACUAUAACAGGCUCCAAAAAAGUCUGAAAACUGUAACUUCUGGCAGGAUUAAAUUGAUUAUGUUUACAAAACAGAUCUAAAGUUGGCUCACUCAAAAGCUGUUUUUCCUUUUUUAAAAAAAUUAACUUAGCUCAGAAUGACUCCACAAAUCAAGUGAUAUUGACACAGUUUUUUGUUUAUUGUUUCAGUUUUGUCAUGUGAUUUAUUCUCAAAUAGUUUCUUUCUACACAUCUAUAUAUACACUUUAUUUUGUUUUUGACCAAAUGUCUUUCUUCUGCUCCAUUUGAGGCAAAUCUGACACAUUUGUUUGACACAUUGUUUUUUUUUCUGAUGUACUCUGAGUAAUAAAUCAGUUUGGUCUUUUGGUACAAUGACGCCAUGCAACACUUUAUAGUCCCUUCAGGCAGUACAGGCUGACCUCCAGAUCUUAGUCUAGCUCACAGCUCUGCUGUCAGGUGGUCAUCACAAGACCAAUGGCAUAAUCCUCCCCAGCUCUACAAAAGCAAGAGGAGAAAUUACAGGCUUUCUUAAUGUGCAUGUAACCAAGUGGAACACAACAUGAUCUGGGUCUGAGUGUUGUUUCCCCUGAUGUUAGAACUAUCACCGAAUCUAAUUUGAAAAUACACAGCGUGGGACCGUGCCAGAGUGAGAUUCUGCGCUCUUCUGGAGAAACCAAUUGACCGUAUCACCACUGAGAGUUGAUACACAAACUGAUUUGUCACCAACCGCCUAGGGAAAGCAAACAGGUGAAAUGAUGAACGCCCUGGGUCUUGGUUUGUUUUGUUUACUCCUCUGGCCUGAGCCUGCAGAGGCUCAGUUUCCUCGGGUGUGCUGCACAGUGGAGGGGAUCCUGUCCAAGCAGUGCUGCCCCUCUCUGGGCUCAGAUCCUGGCAAUGUGUGUGGCUCUCUGUCGGGGAGAGGAAGCUGCUCUGCAGUUCGAGUUGACAGCAAACCCUGGGGAGGACCGUACAGACUAAGAAAUGUUGACGAUAGAGAGAGGUGGCCGACCAAAUUCUUCAAUCAGACUUGCAGAUGUACUGGUAACUUUGCUGGUUAUGACUGUGGCCAGUGCAAAUUUGGCUGGACUGGACCAAACUGUGACCAGAGGAAGGCUCCUGCGGUGCGGAAGAACAUCCACUCCCUGACCCCCGAAGAGCUCCAGGAGUUCUUGAAUACUCUGCAUCUGGCUAAGACCACCAUCCACCCAGACUACGUUAUUGCCACCCAGCACUGGCUGGGACUCCUAGGACCAAAUGGAACUGAGCCACAGAUUGCCAACAUCUCCAUCUAUGACUUCUUUGUGUGGCAACAUUACUACUCAGUCCGAGAUACUCUUCUUGGUCCUGGUCGCCCAUUCAAAGCCAUUGAUUUCUCGCAUAAGGGUCCAGCAUUCAUUACCUGGCACAGGUAUCACCUUCUAAGCUUUGAGAGAGAGUUACAGAGACUGACAGGGAAUGAGAACUUUGCAGUCCCUUACUGGAACUUUGCCACAGGGCAGAGAGAGUGUGAUGUGUGUACUGAUUCUCUGUUGGGGGCCAGAAACCCAGACAACCCCUCUCUCAUCAGUAACCAGUCCAGAUUCUCCAGAUGGGGUGUGGUGUGUAACAGUUUGGAUGACUACAAUCGCCUGGUAACUCUUUGUAAUGGCACCAGUGAGGGUUUCAUUCAGAGGGGGAUAAUGGAGGGGAGUAACAUGUCUCUGCCGACCAUGAAUGAUGUCAGAAGCUGUCUUGGAAUCAGGGACUUUGACAGCCCUCCCUAUUUCACCAACUCUUCCUUUAGUUUCAGAAAUGCUCUUGAAGGAUAUGAAAAACCAGAUGGAGAACUGGAUGAAUCGGUCAACAACCUCCACAACCUCGUCCACUCCUUGCUGAAUGGAACCAGCUCUUUGUCCCACUCUGCAGCCAACGACCCCAUCUUUCUGGUGCUCCAUGCUUUUACCGAUGCCAUUUUUGACGAGUGGAUGAGGAGGUUUGUUCCAUCCAAUGCCACCUUCCCAGAUGAGAUGGCCCCCAUUGGUCACAACAGGGACUACAACAUGGUUCCCUUUUUCCCUCCAGUCACUAAUGAGGAGAUCUAUGUUACAUCUGAUCAGCUGGGAUACUCCUAUGCCAUUGACCUAGAUGAUGCAGACAGUGGGCCAGCUGUGUUUGUGCUGGGCUCCACUCUUGGGGGAGUCUUCAUCGGUCUCCUGGUGCUUCUCCUUAUCUUUGUGCUCUACCUGCGCCAACGACGAAAGAGUGGCUUUGAACCUCUGAUAAAGGCAGACUUCACAAAUAGAAAGUACACAGAGGAAGCCUAGAUUUCACCUCUUGUUCUGAAACGUACUUCAGUACUCAUACAUACCUAGGAGAGAUGGAGCAGCCAUCUGCUCUGUAAGCCCAGCUCUAAAGCAAGAGGUGAAUAAUAAUCUUGUAAAUGAAUGACACUUGUACUUUUUAGAUAUUAAGUCUAAUUUCAUACAAGAACAAUUAUGUGAAUCAUACUAUCCACUGAAAAAUACUGAUAGCAACUUACUACAAGUUUCAAAUGAAACCAAUCAAAAUAAAUCUAUACUUUAACUGGUUUAGCGCAAUCCUUUUAGCCACCUUAUCAAAAUGUGACACUUCUAAUAUUUUCUUUCUACAAUGUGUGCCUUUACCAAUUUCUUUUUAACAAUUGCCACAAAUACAAAUCUAUUGGAAUGUUUUUAAUAAAUAUUUAUUCUCAAGAACAGUAACAAAACACAAAUGCAAUCAUCUUAAUUGCACUGAAAAACAGUAAGGCAUAUUUGCUCAUCUAGUUCUUCUUCCCCUCUUAGUUUGAAAUUAUACUCAAACUCCAAACAAACUCCACCUCAUUAGGAUUUGAAUUCAUACAGCAAUGCAUUGAUUGUAAAAAAUGCUGACUAAUAGCCUUUCCUGCUAAUUCUAUUUUUCAGAUAAUUUGGCUGACCAGACAACCAUUUUCAAUAUUUUAUAGCAAAAAUAUUACCAUUAAAAGUUCAAUGAUACAAAACAUAAAAAGGGCAUCCUGUAAGGUCAAUAUUCAUAAUAAAGAAUCAUUUUAAAUGACACAUCUGACAGAUUUUCUUCAUAUUUUUUUUCUUGCAAUGUGGAUGCAAAUGCUGACUUAAAUGCAACAAAGAAAAGCUCAACAAAUAUUCACUGAUAUACUGUGAAGGGUAUAACACAGGCUAAUUCUGUGGAUAUGUAAGCUUAGCUGGCCUGGUGGUUAUGGAGCUGACGGGCUCUCAGAGAACAGUGGAUGUACAUACAGGCUGGUUUUGUCCGCCCCCCUCAACAGUGCCAGGCCUCUCACAUUCUCUGUAAGUACGCUCUACUGAGGAGCUUCACUGAAGCAUUCAGCCCUGUCCAGUCUCCACAGAUUCUCAUUUCACAGGUGACUGUGGUCAGCUUCAAGCCUGUCUGUGCUGCAGACAUAACCAUUCAAGCUUUGUAGAUAAAUUUAGGGACCCUUUCUUUGCAUUUCCAGUGCCCACUGUAUGCUGUUUGCUACUACUUCUCUUAAUAAUUCCCCCACCUUUUACAUAACUGAGGUAAUAAUUGUUUUAGAAAACUUUGUGAUUUACCCUACCGAUUUACAACUUAACUUUUUAAUACUGUCUGACAGUACUUUAGUUUUGUUGCUACAAAUGCACAUUGAAAUGACUAUUUUAUCUAAAUUGUUAUAGCAGCUACUGAAUAAGCAGCUACUGAAUGGCUAUUAAAUCACACAUGCAAAAGUAGCUAGCACAUCUUUUUUGUUGCUCUCUGUGCAAUUCCAGUAUUUAUCAAGCAUCUCUGUGGAAAUACUUGUAGAGUGCUCUAAAGUUGCAGCAAAAAACUUUUAUAGGUCCAAAUGACUGUGAAUUAAUAUUGAGAUUACAACUGCACAAGACCCCUUCAGUGAUGAUGAUUCUGUAUCGAACUGGUGUGCUUUUGUGUGCAUGUCCACUCACACAAAGUGUGCGGGACAAAGUCAUGAUAAGGCUUUACGAUGUGACUAGAACCAUUUAAAUAAAUAAGAAAGCUGA